AUGAGCAUCAGAAUAGACUCGAUUACAAUUCAAAACCCUAGAUUGAACAGAGCUUAUUCUCCUGCUGCAAUGGCGCUGUGUUACUCGCCGCCCUCGUCGCUAGGAUUUCAAGCCCUGCACAGACCGCACAAUUACUAUAAAAUAUCUAUUGUAGCCCGAGUAGUUCCGCCCAGACGGCUUGGCCUUAAUCUGGUUCCAUUACGGGGGCGAAAUUUUCGGGAACGUUCAGUUUUGCCUUUCGCGGCUUCUCAAGAGGAAUCGAAGCCUUCGGAUAUUGAAAUAGAGAAGGGGGGUCUUAAAGCGGGAGCUGAAGAAUCAGAAGAAGCAUGGAAACAAACAUUAGAUUCUUUUAAAGAACAAGCCUUAAAGAUGCAGAGUAUAUCAAAGGAAGCAUAUGACGUGUAUUCUAAAAAGGCUAUGGUCAUUUUAAAAGAAACUUCUGAAAAAUUAAAAAUUCAUGCAGAUAAAGCAAGACAGGAUCUAAGCAAAAUUGCAAAAGAAGUUGCUGAAGAAAGUAAAAAAAAUUUAGCCGCAGCUGCUGAGAAUUCCCCUGAACAAGUGAAGGAUAUUGUUGUAACCUUUGCCUCCCCAACAGAUGAUCUGAAUGACGUCUCCAAAGUACGGGAAUUUUAUGUUGGAAUCCCUUAUGGUGCUCUUCUUUGUGCUGGUGGAUUUCUUUCCUUCAUGCUAACUGGAAGUGUUUCUGCAAUCAGAUUUGGUAUUAUACUUGGGGGUACUCUUUUAGCCAUCAGUAUAUCAAGUUUAAGAUCAUGGAAAAAAGGAGAGUUAUCGCCUUUAGCCUUGAAAGGACAGACAGCAAUUGCUACCAUAUUGUUUCUUAGGGAAUUGUGCUUGUGGUCCAUGAGACCGCCUAUUGCCAAAUUCGUUACAACUAUCAUAAGUGGUGCAGUGAAAAUUAAUCCUCAUAUGAAGGGUCUCCUUUCUUUCCCAGAUGUGCUCCUGGUGAAGGGUCAGUCAGUAUGCACUAUGCAGUGGAUUUAUCAAGAGUUGAUACUUCAAGAGUCCAGAAUUGCGGAGUAUGUUAGAAGUAGAAUUGUCAAGUGCCUUGUUUCAAUGUGA